GAUUGACGCGUAUAUGUCUUACUUUGUUUUCCCGCCGCCCCUUCUCUCUCUCUUUUUUUAUUCCUUUUUUCCAUUUUUCUAUUUUCUUUUAUUAAAAAAAUAAAAAAAAAUUUAACAACUCAGACUCAGACACAACACAUCAAGGCAUUGAUGUAAAGAAAGACACUUUCUUUCUCAUUCUACAUAUAAAACACCAAAAACCAAACCAUUCUUUCUUGUUCUUUGAGAACAAAAUUCAAUACUCUCUCUCUCUCUCUCUCUCUCUCUCUCUCUCUCUCUCUCUCUCUCAUUUCAAUGGCUAAGUCAAAAAACAAUGCAAAAAAACUCUCAUACAUCUCAGUUCCUUCUCAUAUAAUCAAUUCCAUUUCAUCUUCUUCUAUUCAAUCACUACUUGAUGAAACACCAAAGAAAUCAUCAUAUAGAACUUCCUCACAGUUCUUCAUCACCACCUUAUCAAAAUGGAAAAAUCCAAGAUUGUUUUUCUAUUUCACUCUCUUUUUUAUUGGUUUAUUUGCCUUGUUUAAGUUUGGUUUCAAUCUUGAAACACCAUUUCCUUCCUACCCAUGUGCUACAAAGCUUCAAAAACCCUUAAUCUCAAAUGGGUUUGACUCAAAAUCUAAACUUGGUGUUGUUUCAAUGAAUAAAGAUAAGAUUUUUAGUAGUGCUGUUUUGUCAAAAUCUGAACUUGGGGUUGAUUCAAUGAAGAAAGAUGAGAUUUUGAAGGAUGAAACUUUGUCAAAGUCACUUCCUUUGAUUUCUAAUGUGAUGUUGCAAGCAAAGGGUCCUAGUGGAGUUGACUUGGUGGAUCAGGAAAAGAGUGUGGAAGUUGAUAAGGGUGAGUUUUGGAAGCAACCAGAUGGGUUAGGGUAUAAGCCUUGUUUGGAUUUCAGUAGAGAUUAUAGAAGAGAUAGUGAUGGGGUUGUUAAGAAUAGGAAAAGGUAUCUUAUGGUGGUUGUUUCUGGUGGGUUGAAUCAGCAGAGGAAUCAAAUUGUUGAUGCUGUGGUCAUUGCUAGGAUUCUUGGUGCUGCUUUGGUUGUUCCUAUUUUGCAGGUUAAUGUUAUUUGGGGAGAUGAAAGUGAAUUUGCUGAUAUAUUUGAUUUUGAGCACUUUAAGAAUGUCCUUGCCAAUGAUGUGAGGGUGGUUUCAUCUUUGCCAUCAACACACUUGAUGACAAAGCCAGUGGAGGGAAGCCCUCCCCUUCAUGUCACUCCAAGUUGGAUCCGCGGGCGCUAUCUCAGAAAAUUCAGCAGAGAAGGCGUUUUGCUUUUACGCGGCUUGGAUUCAAGACUAACCAAGGAUCUUCCUUCAGAUCUUCAGAAGCUUCGAUGCAAGGUUGCGUUUAGUGCAUUGAGGUUUGCAAAACCAGUUCAAGAACUUGGAAACAAGAUUGCCGAGAGAAUGAAAACCAAGGGACCCUACCUUGCCCUUCAUCUAAGAAUGGAAAAGGAUGUGUGGGUGAGGACUGGUUGUCUACCUGGUUUGAGUGCCGAGUUUGACGAGAUUGUAAAGAACGAGAGGAUACAACGGCCAGAGCUCUUGACAGGAAGAUCAAACAUGACUUACCAUGAAAGAAAGAUGGCUGGCCUUUGCCCCUUGAGUGCUAUGGAUGUUACCAGGUUGCUUAAAGCUUUAGGAGCUCAAAAAGAUGCAAGAAUUUAUUGGGCUGGUGGACAACCAUUUGGUGGAAAAGAAGCAUUGAAUCCAUUAAUGCAGGAGUUUCCACAUCUUUACAAUAAGGAAGAUCUUGCAUUGCCCGGAGAACUAGAACCAUUUGAAAAGAAAGCUUCUCUAAUGGCUGCCAUAGAUUACAUAGUUUCUGAGAAGAGUGAUGUUUUCAUGCCAUCUCAUGGAGGAAAUAUGGGCCAUGCACUUCAGGGUCACAGGGCCUAUGCAGGACACAAGAAAUAUAUAACACCAAACAAAAGACAGAUGCUUCCCUAUUUUCUGAAUCCUUCGCUCCCUGAAGCAGAGUUUAACAGCAUUGUCAGGGAAUUGCAUCAGAAUUCAUUAGGACAGCCGGAACUCAGGACAAGCAAGAUCGGGAGGGAUGUAACCAAGUAUCCUGUCCCGGAGUGCAUGUGCAAUGACUCACAUUAUGAUUCGUAAUUGAAGAUUUCAUGCCAAAGCUUUUGGUAUAAAACAGAUUACCUGGAAACCGAUUCUCAAACAUGGAAGCAAGUGGUAAUUAUGGCAACCUGUACAAUUUUGAAAACUACUCGAGGCAACUUUUACGGAAACCACAGUUCUCAAGAGCAACAUUUUGAAGAAUUAUUAUGUCAAGCAUUCCACUCGGCACAGAUGGUGUGUUCACAUUAUUCAUUUAUAUUCUUAAUAUGUAUGCAAUGUAGGUUUCCAUGAUACGUUAAAGUGAUGAUACAUACACCAUAGAUAAUUCUUUGAUUCUUUAUAUAGAGUUUGUAUAGGAUACAUGUUACUUUUGUUUGUUAUGUAAUUCUUUGUAGUUCAUAAAAGCCUUGUACAUAUAUCUGAAUAAAUAAUCAGUUUUGUAUUCAA